AUGAUUCCUACUGGAAACGAUUCUUAUUAUAAAUGUCGUGAAUGUAAAUUAAAUUAUGUAUGUAAACGAUGUUCAAAUGUGCGACAAAUACAUAAUCUAGAGAAACAAAUAAAAGAUUUAGGCGUAAAAUUAGCUAAAGCUAAUCUGGCAGCGGCACCGUUUCUUACCGAACCAACAGGCUCAUGUCAACAUUGUUUUAAUCUAAUAUAUCCAAGUCAAGAUCGAUAUUAUUUAUGUCAGCAAUGUCCAAAUGGUUUUGAGGUUUGUACGAAAUGUAUAAAUUUGAUGAAAACUAAACAUUCACCACAACAUACAUUUAAAAAAGAUAAUUAUUCAUUGGAUGAACAUAUGAUAAUACAUUAUAACACAUUAUGUGAUGGUUGUAAAGCAGAAAAUUUUAAAGGUAUUCGAUAUCAUUGUGAUGAAUGUCGUGCAAGUUAUGAUUUAUGCAAAUCAUGCUAUCAAAAUGCAAAUAAAUUACAUCCUAAUCAUAAAUUCACAAUUGUUCAAGCUCCAUUAUUACGAAUUAAUAAUUAUUUAUUACUGGCUAAACGUGCAAUAGAAGUAUGUCAAAGAUUUCCAAAUCUACAAUAUGAUCCUCUAACUGGUUAUUCAUUGAAAGAUGCACAACAAGUAAAAGAUAAAGAAGAAAACAAUUUAAAUCAGUUUUGGCAACAGCGUUUACAAGAAGCACAAUAUGCUCAACAAAUUCAGAGACAAAUACAUAAAAAUACCAUGGAUACUCUGAAACACAUGACAGCAUUGAUGAGUGAUAAUUAUCAUAUAAUGGAAACGAUAAAUGACGAUGAUUAUUAUUAA